AUGGUGCCUCUCGCAAGAGCUUCCUCAACUCCGCCGCGCAUGCGAUCAAACCUUGGAUCCAACAGCCGACGCCCCAAAAAGGCCCUUCCACGCUUCACCAUCAUCAUCAUCAUCAUCAUCUGCGGCAAGCGGCACAAAACGAGAUUUUACCCCACGACCGGGCAAGACUGCGAUAGGUCUGCGAAAGGCGAUUCCGCACCCCGUUCCAGAAUAUCGCCGACAUUGUGCAACAUGUCACGCACAGCAUGUGGUAUUCUGGACGGCCAAUGCAAGCUCUCUCUUGAGCUGACCACUCGUUGCAUCCUGGGCACGACUGCGGCAGGCCAGGAAUGCCAGGCUAUUCAAGGUUUGCGGGAACCAACGACUGGACUGCGCAACUGUGCCUAG